UGUACAUACAUGUAAAUGUUCCGAGUGGUGACGCCUCUAACAAGGAACUACGCCUAGGACAGAAGCCUAUGGCCAUGUUGCCGCUGAGACGACGCAGGUCUGCUGUACAGCUGAUCCUUGGUUGCAUGGCUCUGAUAAUUCUGAUGAUCCAAAUACACACAUCAGAGCGCCAGGGAUACACAUCACACAAUGAGACCACAGCUUCUGACACAUGCCCGACUGCCACCCGCUUCCUAGAUCGGCCCAUGAGGCUGACAGUGUUGGCUAGCUACCCUGGGUCUGGCAACACCUGGCUUCGGUACCUAAUAGAGAGGAUGACAGGUUACGCAACUGGCUCCAACUGGUCAGAUAAACAGUUGUUAGAGAAAGGCUUCAUUGGUGAGUUUGUCCGGAACAAGACGACCAUUGUUGUAAAGACCCACAACGACUACAGUCCCACAGCCAAAGCCUCGGUGGAAUCCACGAACAGAGUUAUCCUGUUGUUGAGGAACCCGUACGACACUCUCCUAGCUGAGUUUAACCGAUACUAUACGGGAGGGGAUCAUGUUGCAUAUGCUUAUGUGUCAGCAUUUAUCCAACACUGGAACAAAUUCUUCGAGGAUAGUUUAAAGAAGUGGCAGCCAUAUUACAGCAACUGGCUACGGUGCCCGGAUGUGGAGGUCGUUCUGUUCGAUGACCUGAAGGGGGACUUGAAGACCCAGCUGUCUCGUAUUAGAGACUUCCUAGACGACGGGUCGCUCAAAGUUAACGUAGACUGUGCUCUCAAAAACAAUGAAGGCAACUUCCGAAGAGACAGGUCUUUCCAGCCCCAUACCAACUUCUUCUACGAUUAUACAGAAGUUGGGUCUGUCAACAAAGCUAUUGACACUUUACAAACUGAUCUAAUACACAGAUUUCCCCACCAGAACAUCAAUAUAUCAUCUUGGAAAAUUAAAUUUGGAUUUUAUAAAGGCUCAAAAAAUGCAUCUUCGGGAGAAUGAUAUUGUGAAUACAAUAGAUAUAUCAGGAGAAAUGUGUGAUUCGCUUAAGGGUCACAAGUAGUAUUCACAACAAAUAUACAUCGCCGUGUGUCCAUCACAGAAGUCCAUGAGAAUGCAUAGGUCAAAUAAAUGCAUUUUGUUUGUU